UCUACUCAUUAAUCUCGAAUUGUUUCCACUCAUAUUUUCUUCACAUUUCAGAGCUUCUGCAGCAACUGCAAUGCUCUCUGGUCGUAGCCGUUGCGUUAGAACUGUUGGAACUCGCGUCGGACCUCAUAACUCUACUACCGGAAAGGCGCUUGCCUGUGAGCCCACUAGCCAUUUUCCUGGGCACCCAUUGAUCUUCGCCGAGCUCGCUGCAUUUUUCUCAUCGUUUUCCUCGAGAAACUCCGACCCAGGUUCUGGUUUUAGCUCUGAAUUCAAAGCUCGUUCUUUUGAUAUUGAUGGUUUGGGAGAUUCAAGUAAUGGGUAUGAUAGAGCUAGGAAAAUGGGUUCUGAAAAUUUCGGGGAUUUGAGUCUCUUAGGGAGUAGGAAGAAUGGUUGCGAUAAUGAUCAGAGCAAAAAGUUUGGUAUUUUUUAUGACAUUGAAGGGUCUGAUGGUGGAGAAGAAGAGAGUAGCGGUGAUGAGGAUGAUGACGGUGGUGGUGGUGGUGAUGGGGAUUUAACGGUGUUGGAUUCGUCGAAUCGGGUUCACGAAAAAGGCGAAAACUUUAGGAGAGUUGAUGGAUAUGAAGAGGAAUUCAGGCAUCCAUUGGUGAGAGAGGUUUGUAGGUUAAUUGAGUUUAGGUCAGGUUGGAGCCCUAAGCUUGAAGGGGAAUUAAAGAACUUGUUAAGAAGCUUGAAGCCGAGGCAAGUUUGCGCCGUGUUGAAGUCUCAGAGUGAUGAGAGAGUUGCUUUGAAGUUUUUCUAUUGGGCUGAUAGGCAGUGGAGGUAUAAGCAUCGCCCAGUUGUGUACUAUGCAAUGCUUGAGGUGUUAAGCAAGACUAAGUUGUGUCAAGGUGCUAAGAGGGUUCUCCGUCUUAUGGCACGUAGAGGAAUUGAGCGUAGCCCUGAAGCUUUUGGUUGUGUGAUGGUGUCUUAUAGCAGGGCGGGCAAGUUGAGGCAUGCCCUGCGUGUGCUGACAUUGAUGCAGAAGGCCGGAGUUGAGCUUAAUGUGUCAAUGUGCAACACUGCAAUUCAUGUUUUGGUGAUGGGGAAUAAGUUGGAGAAGGCUUUGAGGGUGUUGGAAAGGAUGCAACUUGUUGGAAUUACACCAGAUGUUGUCACCUAUAAUUGCUUGAUAAAGGGGUAUUGUGAUGUGCAUCGCGUCCAGGAUGCAUUGGAGCUGAUUGAUGAAAUGCCGAAAAGAGGGUGCGUGCCGGAUAAAGUUAGUUACUAUACUGUGAUGGGUUUCCUCUGUAAGGAGAAUAGGGUCGAAGAAGUGAGGGGAUUGAUGGAGAAGAUGAUUAAGGACAGUGGAUUGUUACCGGACCAGGUCACUUAUAAUAAUCUUGUCCAUGUGCUUUCUAAGCACGGUUAUGGAGAUGAGGCUCUUGAGUUUUUAAGGGAAGCUGAAGAGAGGGGACUUAGGUUUGAUAAGGUUGGGUAUAGUGCAAUAGUUCAUUCAUUCUGUAAGGACGGUAGGAUUGAUAAGGCAAAAGAAAUUGUGAAUGAAAUGUUCUCAAAAGGUUGCACUCCGGAUGUUGUAACAUACACUGCUGUUCUUGAUGGGUAUUGCCGGCUUGGGAAGGUGGAUCAAGCUAAAAAGAUGCUUCAACACAUGUACAAGCAUGGUUGCAGGCCUAAUACCGUAUCAUAUACAGCCUUAUUAAACGGGCUUUGUCGUAGUCAAAACUCAUUAGAGGCAAGAGAGAUGAUGAAAGUGAGUGAGGAAGAAUGGUGGACUCCGAAUGCCAUCACUUAUAGUGUUGUGAUGCAUGGGUUCCGUAGGGAAGGGAAAUUAGUUGAGGCUUGUGAUAUCGUCAGAGAGAUGGUUAAUAUGGGUUUUUUCCCAAACCCAGUUGAAAUUAAUUUACUAAUUCAGUCUCUUUGCCGAGAAGGGAAGAUAACUGAGGCUAAACGUUUCAUGGAGGAGUGUCUAAGUAAGGGAUGUGCAGUUAAUGUUAUAAAUUUUACAACUGUGAUUCAUGGAUAUUGUCAAAAGGAUGACUUGGACGCUGCUUUGUCAUUGCUUGAUGACAUGUAUCUGAGCAACAAACACCCAGACACGGUCACUUAUACAACAGUGAUCCAUGCGUUGGGAAAGAAUGGUCGAAUACAAGAGGCGACCGAACUUAUGAAGAAGAUGCUGGGUAAAGGGUUGGAUCCGACUCCAGUAACAUACAGGACAGUCAUCCACUGGUAUUGUCAAAUGGGUAAGGUUGACGAGUUAUUACAAUUAUUGGAGAAGAUGUUCUUAAGACAAAAUUGCAAAACAGCAUAUAAUCAAGUGAUUGAGAAGCUUUGUAGUUUUGGGAACCUUGAGGAGGCUGAUAAACUAUUAGGUAAGGUGUUGAGAACAGCUUCUAGAGUCGAUGCUAAGACGUGCCAUUCUCUUAUGGGUGGUUACUUAAGAAAAGGGGAUCCUCUGUCAGCAUACAAAGUGGCUUGUCGAAUGUUCAACCGGAAUCUUAUUCCUGAUUUAAAGUUAUGUGAGAAGGUGACCAAGAGACUGAUGUUAGAUGGAAACUCCAAAGAGGCAGACAACCUAAUGUUACGUUUUGUUGAGCGUGGAUGCAUAUCAAACCAAUAUCAGGAACAUUUGCAAAGCUAAAGAGAACCGUUCUGAGAUCAGACUGCAAGAAGUAUCGUUUCUCUCCAUACAGCAUCAUCUGCUGCUGAUGUUCUCUCAUGAAGGGCUUUAGUAUGGUAGGGCCUUCUUAUCUUUAUUGGUUUCUCAAUCGUAUAAUGUCUCCGUAUUUUCCUAGCUUUCUUCUCUAUCUGAAGAAUGUGAACUUAUCUUGUAUAUUCAUGAAAUGUAAUUGAGUAUGGCCUUGGAUAGGGAAGUCGUUUACUUGACCCCAGUGAACUAGUCAAGAGAGGCGUAUGCACUAACCCUAGAGCCUCUGUGUCCCUUAUGCAAUUGCAGUAAGAAAACUCGCAAGAGUGGAGCUACAUGUAUCUUCCACAGCUGAUGCUUUCAGAGACGUGCUUUUGUGAGCUUUCGGUGAAUGGCUUCGUUUGAGUGUUUAAUUUACUCUGAAUAACUUCGAGCACCUAGCAAAUAGAAACUACAAGUGUAACAGAUCUUCUUUUCCAGUGAAUGGAAUAUAAGAUUCCACAAGAAAUGGAACCAAACUUCUCAUAAUGGUGCAACUCCUAAGAGCUGAUUAGCGGAGAUUAGGCGACUUAAUUUUGAAGAGGGAUCCGUUGAUUUUUCUGUCUCGAUCAAUCCAAAAGGGUUUCCCGGCUGCAACAGAAUGGUUUCUUCUUUACUGUGACCCAUCAAACGUUAUCUCAUUAUUGAAUAUCGACAUUCAGUGCAACUAUGUUGUGGGGCUUCACUUUUGCAUUAUUUGAAGAGAUAAAACAAUGGCUGCUUGACAGCCCAUCCGCUGCCAAAGAUUCUACUGUUGCAAGCAUAAGCAGCUUAGUAUCUCAUUCAGCUCUGUGAGUAGCCUUUGUUUACUGCUGCUGUAUAUUCUUAAACUUCUGUAGCAUUACUAUGUUGAUUAGUGCAUUAUUUGAGCUACCUGUUGAAACUUGUGGAACUAAAACACUUGCGUUUAGUUUCUGCCCAUGUCGUCUCCUGCCAUGUAAAAUAUCAGAGACUGAGUUCUUUCUUGUUCGAAGUAUGCCUGUCUUGUGGAUUC